GUGGAAGAAUUCAACCAGAUCAACUGCGUGGUUUAAAAUCUACAUCCAGGGAAUCAAAUGACUGGGGCAGCUUAAGGUGUUAGAGCUGCCUGGGGUCUGGGGCUGCCUCUGCCCAGGCUGCUGGUGGUGCUUGAUUCAGCUGAUGUGCUGAGUGUUUUGAUGACCUAUGACCACAUAGAAAUUACCUUCAGUGAUAUGGAACCUAUGCCAGAUGCCUUCAAAGGGACCAAGAAAGGGAGUGUUUUCCUGACUCCUUACCGAGUUAUCUUUGUAUCAAAGGGAAAGGAUGCUAUGCAGUCUUUUGUGAUGCCCUUCUAUUUGUUGAAAGAUUGUGAGAUUAAGCAACCUGUCUUUGGGGCAAAUUAUAUCAAGGGUACAGUGAAAGCAGAGGCAGGAGGAGGCUGGGAAGGAUCUGCCACCUUCAAGAUGACCUUUUCAGCUGGGGGUGCCAUCGAGUUUGGGCAGCGCAUGUUGCAGGUGGCAUCACAAGUCUCCAGAGGUGAAAUACCCAACGGAGCUUAUGGCUAUUCCUAUAUGCCAAAUGGAUCCUAUGCUUUUGCACCAGCUGCAGCUAAUGGGGGCUAUCCAUACCCACCACCUCCUCCUGAGUUCUAUCCUGGCCCUCCUGGGGCAGAUGGGGACAUGGGGUACAUGCAGCUUCCACCCCCACCCUACCCAGGGCCCAUGGAACCCCCAGUCAGUGCUCCAGACCUGCCUGCCACUCCUGCAGCUGAAGCAAAGGCUGCUGAAGCUGCUGCCAGUGCUUAUUACAGCCCAGUCAACCCACACAAUGUCUACGUUCCCACGGACCAGCCACCCCCUCCUCCAUACUUCCCACCAGAGGACAAGAAAAACCAAUAAGCUAACACAGAACUUCUGCACUCCUUGCUUUCUUACUUCCCACUUUGACAGAAUCCUGGGCUGCAGUCCAUAGCACUGAGGAGUGGAGCCUUCCCCCAAGGCACAUAGCUUUCCUGGACUCUAGUGGUAGGUGUGUGCAAAGCAAGGGGAGAGAUUCCAGCAGCCUGGAAGACCUUGGAGAGCUCUGAGGGUGCCCUGUCCUGCCUCAGUAUUCCCUUCUCCCUGCACGUGGCAUCACUAGCACUGGAGGUUCUCUUCAAUGUGGUUGUUUCCCUUAUGUCAGUUUCUUUUGAUACUUACACCUCCUUAGAGGAAGCAGCUACUCCAAACUGAUCAUUAAUGUAAUCAACAUGAAAACAAGGCUGCUCAGGAGAGGGAGAGGUGUUGAAUUUACCUUAGUCUGCAACCAGGAGCAUCCCUGAGCACAGGGGUGUUUCUGGGUAUUCCUCUCAACCCAGAGCAUCACAUGCAACUUUUUCCCCCACUACUGAGAAGGGGCUUCAAAGGGAACCUUUGGGAUCUCAAAGGAAGUAGAUAUUAGUACUUUUUUUUUCAGAUAUCUAGUAAACUUUCUUGGUUUGUUUUUGUUUUUUUGGGAUUUUUCAGCUGAGUCAUUCCUGACAAUCCCAGCAAACCACCUGGUUGCCCUCCACAUUUCCCUGCUGUGCACUCUGUGAUGAUGCUGAUGAGCUUCCCUUCUUUAAGCAAACAUACCACUCUUACCAGGAUUGAUCAGUAGCAUCUAACUAGUUAGAGGUCAUAUGGGAACACUAAUUUUCUGUUGUCUCUUUUUUCCAGUUAGAAAUGUGGGCUUGAGAUCAGUAAGUCCUGAAUAUUCUCUUUUAACACUGUAUCAUGCUCUUUUUUUCUUUGUUGUAAGUUGAUUUACAUUUUUUUGGCCAGUGAAGCAUCUUAACUGCUGUGAUUUAACCAGUGAAUUAAUAGCUGGUUUAUGGAGAGAUGGUUUAUUAAUGGAGAGAAAAGAGUUGUUUUAUUUCUGUCCUGGAAACACUUGAGAGAAUAUGCAAAAUGUUGGAAUAAGCUGUUAGGUACAACUGAGCUGCUCAUUUGAAUGUUCUUUGAUGCUGUUGGUGUUUCUGGAUCAGCUGUGAAUUUACUUGCCAGUAACUUGAACGUGGGCUCCUUGGAUUUUGAGGGUCCAAGUGUUCUCCUUCUACUGAUUCAUUGCUCUCAUUAGUAACUACUCCAGUGUGCUGAGCCUCUGCAGGACUGAUCAGAAGCCAGGUUGUCAAACUGUGUUGGACAAAGCUUUGCACAAAUCAGACUUCCCUGAUUUCUGACAGUGUCUGUGAGAGAGAGAAAAAAAAUCCUUCCCAGCAAGUGUGAAGCAAGAUCAUGUGCUAGAGAACUGCUGAGACUUGCUGCAUGCAGCCUGCUUGGAGAGAAAAAAAGGUCCACCUCCUGUUUUCUUUUUGUUUGAGUCUAGCUGAUGAAUCAAAUUGCUGCUGUCUGUGCACUGACUUUUCUAGAAUUGCUACUGCAGUGAUGUAAAGAAAUGGUUAUUUUAAAAUAUAUCUAUAUUUAUUUUGAAAAUGUUUGAUUAAUAUAUUCAUGUGAAAUGACUUUUGAAUGCAGAUUUUGUUUUGCCAGGACUGUGAAGUAAAGAGAAAUCAGCUCAAAA